AAAUAUGUCAGUUUCAGGUUGACAUUCCUUGUUCUGGGAGCCUAUAGAAACCAGAGGACUGGGCCUGGCCCAUCCUGUAGCUUAGGCAUAACGUGCAAUGGGGAAUACUGGAAGUGGAAGCAGAGAUCGCCACAAGUCUGGGGAAUUGCCAGCAUCACCUAAAGAUGGCCAUGCCUUUGACUUCACAAAGCACAUGCUUGACGACGAUGAACCAUACACCAUCAAGCAGAAGUUUCCUUCUGGAGACUAUCCGCACUCUCACCACCAUGUUCAUCGACCAAGAGCAUCGACCCUUACUUCUCAAAGCAGCCAGUACUCUCAGCAUGAGAAAUUCUUGCCUACCAUGUUCAAAUGGGAUGGAGGGGGAAAGGAGGUCUAUAUCUCUGGUACCUUCACAAAUUGGAAACCUAUACCCAUGGUCAAAAGUCAUGGAGACUUUGUAACCAUUGUGGAUCUGGCAGAGGGGGAGCAUCAAUAUAAGUUCCUUGUGGAUGGUGAAUGGAAGCAUGAUACAAGUGAACCAACCCUAGAGAAUGACAUGGGUACAAAAAACAACGUGAUGACAGUGCGCAAGACUGACUUUGAGGUGUUUGAAGCCCUUGCCAUUGACAGUGUUUCCUCCAGUAACACAGGGAGUGGAUUGUCAGGGUCACCUCCGGGUCGCUACAGUCAGGAUAUACCAAGCCAUCAGCCUUGGGAGAAACCGACCUCACCACCAAUUUUGCCACCUCAUCUACUCCAAGUUAUCCUCAAUAAGGAUACCCCACUCUCAUGCGAGCCAACGCUUCUCCCAGAACCGAACCACGUGAUGCUGAACCAUUUAUAUGCGCUCUCAAUCAGAGAUGGGGUCAUGGUGCUCAGUGCAACUCAUCGGUAUCGCAAGAAAUAUGUUACCACUCUCCUCUACAAACCUAUAUAAUCUGGUCAUGGUCAUCCACAGUUUGACAUUAUCCAUUUUCCAUCCUACAACUCUUAACAGGGUCUCCCCUUUUCUAGUUUUCUUUUCUUGUUUUCUGUGCCAAGAAUCGAUAGGUUAGCAUAGCAUCACAACAGACUCUUGGGCUCAUCCCAAGUUAAGAUUAGAUCAUCAUGAGGAAUAAGCUCACCUAUUACAUCAUCAUGAUUUGGUCCUAUGUGGUGGCUGCUUCUGCUUGGACUCAUUUCUGGGACAUUUGCUUUUUACUUGAUUUCAAUUUCCUUUUUUCUGUCCAGAAUUAUGCUUUAGAGAAGGCACUGAAGUACAAUCUCUGCCAUGAUUGUAGGUUGGCCUACUUGUCUUUAUGCCUUUCAUAUCAGUUAUGUCCUAUGGAAUGAUGCCCGUGAUGAAGCAAGUGCUGUGUAUCUGAGCUUACAUGCAAUGUGAAUGAUUGAUAGAUGCAAAAAGAGUGCAAGAUUUAUGAUAUUAGUGUUGUAGUGCAUAAAUAGGUUCAGAUUGAAGAUAGUCUUGCUGUGUAUGGGUUUUCCAGUGCCAUGGGUGCAGUACUCCUCAAGGAAAUGUGGCAUUUGAACCAAGUGGGGGGGGGUGAAAGGCAACCUGUCUUUUCAGAGGAGAAGUGCCUAAUUCUCCUCCAUUCUAGCUUUGGAGCUCUAUUCAACUGCUCAAGAGAGGGUGAAUUUUACACAUAUGGAAGUGCAUGGCACACAUUGUAUGUGAGAUGAAAUGAGUAAUGAAAUAUUCUGUAUUGGAUGAUCAUUGCAUUUUUCUUUAAAAAGAGAGAG